AUGUCGCCCUGCACCAUCCGCCACGCUCACCACGCACUGACCUGGACAGAUGUUUCCACAAUCCUGGAGCUCAUCAAAGAGCUGGCCGACUACGAGAAGGAGCUCUCCGCGGUGCAGGCCACAGAAGAGACCCUCGCCAGCACCAUUGCCUUUGCGCCCAGUGACUCCAACCUGUCCGCUCCGGGAGGCGCCGACUUGACGACACCUGCGCGACCGGCGCGCUGCCUGCUCGCCUUCGACGAGUCCAACACGCCCGUAGGCAUGGCGCUGUACUUCUACAGCUACAGCACCUGGCGUGCGCGCCACGGCAUCUGGCUCGAGGACCUCUACGUCCGCCAGACGGAGCGCGGCAAGGGAUACGGCAAGAAGUUGCUCUCGGCGCUGGCGCGGGAGGUCGUGGAAACGGGCGGCGCCCGUCUCGAGUGGUCUGUGCUCAAGUGGAACGAACCGAGCAUCCAGUUCUACAGGAGCAUUGGUGCGCAGUCGAUGGAUGAAUGGGUCACCAUGCGCGUGGACGGCGACACCCUGCCCCGCCUCGCCGGGCUGGGAGCGCAGUAG